AUGCAGGAGGUGGAGAUGCACUUCGCACUGUACGAGACCACGCGGCUGUACGCCUUUGCAGGCGGCGUGCUGCCAGGCGGCAAGACCGUGCUUGGCUGCAAGGUGCUGGUGCUUCCACACCGAGAUGACAUCGUAGCAUACGCGGACAUCAUGGACGAAGAGAAGGCGACGUGCGGCGACCGUGCGGCAGUCUACUUGACGAAGCGCGGCGACCGCGAGGCAGUUCGCUUCAAUUUCUUCAAGUAUUCGUAUUCUUUCGGCCAGGCGGUGUGA